CGGUUGUGUCUUCCCUCCCUCUUCCUCCUGCUUUUCAUUGGAAGUCUAGCUCCCCAGAUCCAGCAGAGAGCAGGGCACAGGGCGGUGCCAGGGCGAAGGGAGGAGGGAGACUGCUGAUGGUGGACACCUCCCAGCAGAGGCCAGGAGAGAAAACCCCCUUGUGGAAGAAGGAACUGGCGGAGCCGCAGGCCAGAGAGGCGGAGGCGGAGGCGGAGUCGGAGUCGGAAUCGGAGGAGGACGAGGACGAGGACGAGGAGGAGAGGCCGCGGGAGCAGACGGUGGCCGAGAGCGAGGCGCGCCGCCGGGAGGCGGAGGGCGGCCAGGGCUGCGAGCCGGGCUCCGUGUCCUACUGCCUGCUGCGCCAGGAGCCCAGCACCCAGCAGGUGGCGCUGCUGCGGCGCGCGGACAGCGGCUUCUGGGGCUGGCUCAGCCCCUUCGCGCUGCUGGGCGGCCAGGCGGCCCCGGCGGCCAGGACGCAGAGCCUCCCGGAGCCUCCGUGCGUGCUGGAGACGCGGCGCCGGCCGCCGCGCGCCGGGGGCUGUGCGCGCUGCGAGAUCCUUUUCUGCAAGAAGUGCAGAAACCUGCACAGCCACCCGGCCUACGUGGCGCACUGCCUUCUGGAACACCCGGAUCUGCGUGAGGCGCGGGCUUCGGGGGGCGCGGGGGCCGCCGGGGACCCCUGAGCGCCCCCACUGCCAGCCUUUGUGCCCUCCGUCCUCGCCUGACCCCAGCGUCCCCGCCACCUUCUCCUCUCCUUUGGCGCGGAGGGUUCUCCAGCACAUUCCACAGAACUGCUCCUUCCCUGAGCCGCCCUGCCCGGAGCGCCUCCUCCGAGCCGGCACGCGGGCCCACCUGUCAUGGAGCACCCACCCAAGGCUGAGCCCAUGCCCCCGCUAGCGCCGCCCGAGAGCUCUGUCCUGGGGGUCACUCGGUGCCUACUGCCCACCUGACUCGCAUCUCCCAGCAAAGCCUCACAUUCAUCUUUUGAGUAUUUCAGGUCCUUCUGGCCCAGUGGGCAGAGGCAAUGCUUCGAGAAACACCCUCGAGAAACUAAUCCUCACCGCUGAGAAACCGCCCCUGCCCCUCAUUCAAUAAAGCCUCUAAUCAAA